AUGGCGGUGCGACAGGCGCUGGGCCGGGGCCUGCAGCUGGGCCGAGCGCUGCUGCUGCGCUUCACGGCCAAGUCCGGCCCGGCCUACGGCUGGAAGCGGCCCGAGUGGCCGGGCCCCGCGGCGGGCCGGGGCCGCGGACAGCGCCCGGGCCAGGCCCCGGGGCCCGGCGCGGAGCCGCGCAGGUUCGGGCUCGGGCUUCCCGACCGCUACCGCUUCUUCCGCCAGUCGGUGGCCGGGCUGGCGGCGCGGCUCCAGCGGCGGUUCCUGGCGGGGGCCCGGGGCUGCGCGGGCCCUUGCGGCCGGGCUGUCUUCUUGGCCUUCGGGCUGGGGCUGGGGCUGAUCGAGGAGAAGCAGGCGGAGGGCCGGCGGGCGGCCUCGGCCUGUCAGGAGAUCCAGGCAAUUUUUGCCCAGAAAAGCAAGCUGCUGCCUGACCCGCUGGACACUCGACGCUGGCAGGGCUUCCGGCUGGAGGAGUAUCUCAUCGGGCAGUCCAUUGGCAAGGGCUGCAGUGCUGCCGUGUACGAAGCCACCAUGCCCGUGUCACCCCAGAACCUGGAGGUGGCAAAGAGCAGUGGGCUCCUUCCGGGAAGAGGCCCAGAUGUCGACCCCCAUGGAGAGGAGGAGGAGCAAGCCCCACUGGCCCCCGCGUUUCCCUUAGCCAUCAAGAUGAUGUGGAACAUCUCGGCCGGCUCGUCCAGCGAAGCCAUCUUCAGCACCAUGAGCCAGGAGCUGGUCCCGGCCAGCCGAGUGGCCUUGGCUGGGGAGUACGGAGCAGUUUCUUACAGAAAAUCCAAAAGUGGUCCUAAGCAGCUCACCCCACACCCCAACAUCAUCCGCGUUGUCCGCGCCUUCACCUCAGCUGUCCCGCUGCUGCCAGGGGCCCUGGUCGACUACCCUGACGUGCUGCCCCCGCGUCUCCACCCGGCAGGCCUGGGCCACGGGCGGACACUCUUCCUCGUUAUGAAGAACUACCCCUGCACCCUGCGCCAGUAUCUUCGCGCGAACACCCCAAGCCCCCGCCUCGCCACCAUCAUGACCCUGCAGCUCUUGGAAGGGGUGGAUCACCUGGUACAACAGGGCGUCGCGCACAGAGACUUAAAAUCUGACAACAUCCUUGUGGAGAUGGACGCAGACGGCUGCCCCUGGCUGGUGAUCUCCGACUUCGGCUGCUGCCUGGCUGACGAGCGCAUCGGCCUGCAACUGCCGUUUAACAGCUGGUAUGUGGAUCGGGGCGGAAACGGCUGCCUGAUGGCUCCUGAGGUGUCCACGGCCUGCCCUGGUCCAAGGGUGGUGAUUGACUACAGCAAGGCCGAUGCCUGGGCAGUGGGAGCGCUCGCCUACGAAAUCUUCGGAGUCUCCAAUCCGUUUUAUGGCCAGGGCAGGGCCCACCUUGAAAGCCGCAACUACCAAGAAGCCCAGCUGCCUGCACUGCCCGAGUCAGCGCCUCCAGACACCAGACACCUUGUGAGGUCGCUGCUCCAACGAGAGGCCAGCAAGAGACCAUCUGCCCGAGUAGCGGCUAAUGUGCUUCAUUUAAGCCUCUGGGGCGAACAUAUUCUAGCCCCAAAGAACCUGAAACUAGACAAGAUGGUUAGCUGGCUCCUGCAACAAUCGGCCGCCACUUUGCUGGCUGACAGGCUCACAGAGAAGAGCUGUGUGGAAACAAAGAUGAAGAUGCUGUUUCUAGCCAACCUGGAAUGUGAAACGCUGUGCCAGGCCGUACUCCUGCUCUGCUCCUGGAGGGCAGCCCCGUGACGGCGCUGACGUGGCUGGCGAGUUACUAAAAGAGCUUGCACUGCAUCUGUGUUGUGAUGUCUGUGAAGGCUGAGGAAGGCACGCCUAUGUGUGAGGGUGGAGUCAGGAGAAAGAUGGCACGGAGCGGGCUGGGCCACCUACAGAAGGCUUCAGGUUCUCCAGGUGAAAGGAACAGCUUGAGUCACAGUUCACGGACUGUUAGCUAGCUGUGAGUCUAGACGCAUCGUAACCCGUGUGGACUAAACUUGCAAAUUUCCCUUUGACUAGCAGGAAUUAUUAAUUAAAUACAAAUGCAGAAAGCCUGUGUGCCUGGAGCUGAACACUUGGCUUUAAGAGUGACACAUGCCAUAAAGAAAAGUGAUUCUUCUUGAAAUGAUUUUAGAACCAAUAAAUAAAAUACAAAUUCUAUCUGUACUUGGUGGCAGAAAUCAAAAAUAUACUUAAGGUUUUUUCAACCAAUUCUGGAAUUCUAUUAUAAAGUCUCACCUAGAUUUCCCAUUUCAGUGAUUCCCCAUCUGCCUUGAUGUAGUAAUAAUAACCUUAUUUCACCCCUUGAGGAAAAGUUGGAGACUCUCAUUUCAUAAUUAAAGAAAACAACAGUCCAGUCUUUGACAAAAUUAACUAUUUUCUAUCCCGUCAUUACUGAGCAGCCGCCCCAUCAUUAGCAAAGCACCACAGGGGCCACAUGAAGUUUGAGGGCGAUGUUUCUCUUUAUUUUAGAAAUGAGAGUGACUGC